UAGGGUUUUUGCAUAGAUGAGAAGUGUUAGAAAGUGAGGUUAAGGAACAAAGGCAUGUUGUGGACAGCAACAAAGCCAUUCAUCAAAUUCCAUUUUCAGAGACAGUGUCAUCUUACUCUUCCAUUUCUUAGAAUGGCAAACCCAACAUCAACAACUCAGAGGGUUUCUGCUUCCUUCUCCUCUCCUUCUGGCUCCCCUGUUCACGCUCCUCUGAAGCGCGUGGGCACUCACAAUGGAAGCUUCCACUGCGAUGAAGCACUUGGCUGCUUCAUGAUUCGCCUCACUCACAGAUUCUCCAACGCCGAAAUCGUUCGCACCCGAGACCCCCAGGUGUUGGAGGGUCUUGAUGCUGUUCUUGAUGUUGGGGGAGUGUAUGACCCCACCCAAGAUCGGUAUGAUCACCAUCAAAAAGGAUUUGAAGAGGUUUUUGGGCAUGGUUUCUCCACUAAAUUGAGUAGUGCAGGCCUUGUUUAUAAGCAUUUUGGGAAGGAGAUUAUAGCCAAGGAACUUAAGGCAGAUGAAGAGCACCAAGAUGUGCAUAACAUAUAUUUGGCUGUUUACAGGAGCUUCAUGGAGGCAAUUGAUGCUAUAGACAAUGGAAUCAAUCAGUAUGACACAGACCAGCCUCCAAAAUAUGUGAAUAAUACUCAUUUAUCCUCAAGAGUAGGACGGUUAAAUUUGGAUUGGACAGAUCCUGAUCAGUCACCUGAGAAAGAAAAUGAGGCCUUUCAACGUGCCAUGGCUCUUGCUGGCAGUGAGUUUCUGGAUAGUGUUCGAUUUCAUGUUAAUUCAUGGUUACCAGCAAGGUCAAUUGUAAUGGAUACCCUUGCGGCUAGACAGACUGUUGAUCCUAGUGGAGAAAUUGUAGUUUUGAAUAAAUUCUGUCCUUGGAAGCUUCACUUAUUUGAGCUUGAGGGGGAGAUGAAAAUUGACCCUCCAAUCAAAUAUGCUCUGUAUCAGGAUGAGAGAAGCAAACAGUGGCGCGUGCAGGCAGUUGCAGUAUCUCCUGAUAGGUUUGAGAGCCGAAAGCCUCUACCCUCGCAGUGGCGAGGUUUAAGGGAUGAUGAACUGUCAAAGGAGGCUGGCAUUCCUGGUUGUGUUUUUGUGCAUUCCAGUGGAUUUAUUGGUGGAAACCAAAAUUUUGAUGGUGCCUUGGCCAUGGCAAGAGCUGCUUUGAAAAUGUAGGCAAAAAGGGUCACAGUGAAUCAAGUGCUAUCAUCCAUUAAUUUUGCAUGAUCUUUCAGAAUACAUUUUACUGAUUGCAUUGAUGACUCAAGAAGGGGAUUGGGAACAGUAGCUGAAAGAUAGUUCUAUAUUGAAUUAUUAACUUCUUUACUGAUGUGGUUCUACCUUACCCAAAUUUCUUUCAAUUUCAACCGUGUAUGUAUACUUCAGGCAUUCUGGAUACUGCUGUGUUGAUCAUUGUCAUUGAUUUUGUUGUUAAAAGUAUUGUGCCUACAGCACAUGAAUUUCUUGUGUC